GCUUUAUAUUUUAUGAGUCUAAAAGGAUGAACGUUUAACUCUUGAGUGGUUAUUCAAAGUAUUAAGUAUGUGUAUAUAUUAGAUAUAUAACUAAUUAUUUAUCUGGUUAAUUUGUUUUUGGCUGGUUAGGAGUGUUUGAAACCAAACCAAACCACCUAAACCAAACAAGCUAAAAACUUUAACCAAACCAAACCAAACCAAUUAUCCAAAUUAAUCAAACCAAAUUAUCCAAAUUAAUCAAACCAAAUUAUCCAAAUAGUUCUGGUUAAAACGGUUACCAUGAUAACCAAACUGUUUAAACACCUCUAAUAGAGAUGCUCUAAAAAUUUAUUCAAUAAAAUUUAUGGAAACUGAAAAAAGAAAGGCAAUGUGACUUGUGAGGGAGAAAAAAAAAAAAAAGCUUGGUGGAUGAAAGAUUAGAUUCAGAUUCAGGAGGGCUAUAAACAUAAAUAAAUCUGGGGAUUGAAAGCACUCCCUCUCCCGAUUUGUUCCCCUCUCCUCCUGACCACUGCUAUUACUGCGCUUUUUCCUCUGCGAGGGAAGGGAAAAGGGAGGUCAGGAAUCAACUUCAUUUCUCAACCUUCCAUCUACAAAAUCGGAAGACGUGAAUUUCAAGCCUUGUUCAACCAAUCGUCAAUCCAGAUCUCGCUUCUCUUCCAUCCUGGUAAGCAAGCAAAGCCCUCUCCUUUCUUCUCUUCACCCCCGAUCUUUUCUUGAUCUUGUUUCCUAGAUCUUGCAAAGAUCGCUUCUUUGUCUGUGGUUUUGAUCUUUCAAGCUUGGAUCUUUUGGCAAUUUUCCAUCGCGAGUGUCGAACUGCGAUCUGAACCCUUUCGUUCUUGGGUUCUAAUUUUUGGAUGUGCGGCAGGUUUGUAGAUUGGUAUAGAAAGAUGGGGCUUUCAUUCGCGAAGCUGUUCAGCAGUCUCUUCUCCAAGAAGGAGAUGCGAAUCCUGAUGGUUGGUCUCGAUGCCGCUGGUAAAACCACCAUUCUUUACAAGCUCAAGCUGGGGGAGAUCGUCACCACUAUCCCCACAAUUGGAUUCAAUGUUGAAACCGUGGAGUACAAGAACAUCAGCUUCACAGUCUGGGACGUGGGGGGUCAGGACAAGAUCCGACCCUUGUGGAGGCACUACUUCCAAAACACACAAGGGCUGAUAUUUGUGGUUGAUAGCAACGAUCGUGACCGUGUUGUUGAGGCUAGAGAUGAGCUGCAUAGGAUGUUGAAUGAGGAUGAACUAAGGGAUGCUGUGCUGUUGGUAUUUGCAAACAAGCAAGAUCUUCCCAAUGCAAUGAAUGCUGCUGAGAUAACCGACAAGCUUGGCCUUCAUUCUCUGAGACAACGUCACUGGUACAUCCAGAGCACUUGUGCCACAUCUGGAGAGGGACUCUAUGAAGGGCUGGAUUGGCUCUCCAACAACAUUGCUAGCAAGGCUUGAGUGUCUUUUUGUCAGGAGGUGCGAAAGUGAUUUAGCAAUGGGUUUUGUUGUUGGAAUUGAAACAUUUUCUUGUGCAUGUACUCUACUCUUAGAACUCCAGAAAGUCUGUAUGUACACUACUGGCGAUUUUUCCAUGUUAUUUCUUUUUUCUUUUGUCCCUCGGUAUUUGUUGCUUUGAAGGAGUGAGUUCAGUUGUGGAAUAAGCCAUGGUGCAGUUUAGCUGAAUUCUUGAUUUGGUUGCCUCUUUUUUAUCUUGUUGGUGUAUUGUUGUUCCUUGUCGUUGGAUUUGAUCUUCCGCAGCUAGUAAAAACGAUUCAGGAGAAAGGCAAAUCUCGAACGCAGGAAGUUCCCACAAUACUAUAGGGGGGUCGUUUGGAUCAAGGAUUUUAAAACGAGUGAUUUGAGGCUCAAAUCUCUCAUUAAAAACCAUGGUAAUUUAAGUGUAGGAUUUUGGUAAAAUAACGUGUUUGGCAAUAGAUGAGAAAUUUUAAU